AUGAACAAAUUAAUCUUAUUAACGUUUGUGGUCCUGUGCGCGGUGUGCUAUUUGAGUUCGGUGGAUGGAAGUCCGGCGCCGAAGCGAAAGCAUCAUCACCACCAUCACUCCUCGGAGGAGAAACAGGACAAAAGGCGAAGAGGCGGUGGCGGACACAGCAAAGGCAACAAGGGCAAACGAAAUGGUUCAUCUUCGGAGGAAAGCAAGGAGUCCCACGAGGAGAGACCCUGGCGAAGGAAGGGCCCAGGAAGGGAUCGCGGCAAUAAUCGUCGUAGGACAACAACGAGCACAACUACGACAACCACUACGACCGAAACUACGCGUAGUACAUCGACGACACCCGCAAGUACUACGACGACAACAACCAUGAGUUCCACUACGCCGAUGAGUUCUUCUACGACGCAAACUACGCCGUCUACUACAUCAAUGAGUACUAGUUCUAGUACUACGCCGUCAACUACAUCAGUGAGUACUAGUUCUAGUACUAGUACCACCACUAGUACAACUACCCCUACUAGCACCAGUACAACAACUAGUAGUAGCACUAGCCCCAGCACUACAUCAACUACUUCCACUUCAUCUACAACCCCCAGAAAUGAGCAAGAAGAUCAAGAUCGUAAUGGAAAGAAGCAGAAGAGGCCAAAACGCAGAGAUCAGUAG